AUGUUCAAUGACCAAAAAGAUGAAGUCUCAUUUAAUUUAAAUAGCCCUGGUUAAGAUAGAUAAAUUUAAGAGUUAACUUUAGAUGAUCUAAAUGAUGAAGACUUAAAAAUAAAAGAUUAGUAUUUGAACAAUAAUAAUAAAAUUGAAAUAAAAAAUAAUUUAAACAUAGAUAGCUUUGAUAUCAAGCUCAAUAACUUAAAAAAUUCAAACAUUCCUCCUAGAAUUUAGGAUAAAUAUACCUAAGAUUUUUCCUAUCCAAAUAAUUCAGAUUUUUAAAGAUAUAACCCGAGCGAAAACUAACCAAGAACAAUAAAUUUUGAUACAGCAACUUUCGAAAAUAGCUUAGAUGGAGAAGAAUCUGAAAGUGGUUUAGGAUUUGCUGAUUCUAAUAAAAGCAGGCCGCCUUUAGGAAAAUAAAAUUAAAUGAAAUUUUAAAAAUAAAAUGAAUAAUAGCACAACUAAUUUUCACACAGUUAAGACAGUGAUUUUGAUCUUUCAGACACAAAAUUGAGAAGAUUAGGGAUAAUCAAUUCUUUAAAGAAAGAUGCAUAAGAAUAUUCAAAUUUACUUCAUAAUUAUUCAAAACAAUUUAAAGAUACUAACUCAGACUCAACUCGCCUUUCUGAUUAAUAGACUACUCAUAAUGCAGCAAGCUAUAACCUUAAUAAUAACAGCUUCUCUAACAAUAAUUUAUUUUCACGUGAAAACUCUCGUAAUGCCUUUGAUAAGUAUGGAUAUAUGCUUCAAAGGGAAGGUUACUAGCAACAAUCUGCAAGCUUUUUAACCUCAAAUCCUCCUGCUAAUCCUCAUAACUUAAACAACAAAGAUAUAUAAGAUAGAAUGUCUUCUAUCAAUAACAAAAUUAGAGAAGCAUAUCAAGAAUUUUCAAAUACUAAAGAUCCUACAGGAUUUGCUCCCACAUCUUCACAGAAUUCUGCAUCAGAUCCUUACAGAAUAUCAAUAAAUUCAUUCAAAAAUUCGCUAUUUAGUGCUCAAAAGGAAAAUAAUUCAUAUAAUGUAAAUUAACACCAUCCUUAAUCUUCAGUAGGUGCUUUAGUAAAAGAAGAUAAAAUAAAUAAUCUGAGUAGCUAUAAUUAAUUUCAUAACUCUUCAAACUACAAUAUUGACAAUCAAAAUAGAAUGGAUUCUGAUGCAAUCUUAAGAAGUGCUUUAUAAGCCCAUCAUUUGGCAACAAGUGGUUUCAAGAUGUCUAACCAAUAACAGCAGGCUAAACCUCCUAAAAAUAAUCCUGUAAGUAACUUGAAUAGAGUAUUUGGUGAAACAAGCACAAUGUUUAACGAAUUUAAGAAAAGGUCAGCUUCUAUAAAUGUAACUGGAGAAGAAGAUUCAAGAUCUACUAAUAAAUAAACUACUCUUACAAAUACUGUUUAACCUAGUACUACAAUAAGUAAUGAGCCAAAUUCUUACUAAAAGUACAUGAAUAUAAAGAAAAAAUAUUAUGACACAUUUUUACCAGAAAAGGAUAAAAUAAUGAACAAUCCUCUAAAACUUUUAAAGUAUAAAAUUCACCAGAGGGAUACACAAACACUUGAUAAUUGUAAAAACACACUUAAAUUUAUUGACUAAGAAAUAUCAUAAAAUAUUGACCCAGCACUAUCAAAUUCUAUUUAUUAAAAAUCUUCUUAGUAAAGCUUUUCAGCAACAAAUGAAUUUAAAAUUUGA